AUGGAUUCGUUGGAGUAUUUAGAAGAUGGGUUCGACCCCAGCUCAUUAACAGUUAAACAGAUCAAACGUAUUUUGGACGAACAUAAAGUCUUUUAUCCCAAGACAAAUAAGAAACAGACUCUGUUAAACACUUAUAAGAUAGAGUUUCAACCGUUGGUACCUUUGUUGAGAGCAGAGUAUAAUUCAAGAUUAGACCAGUUACAACAAGAAAAGAUAGAACAAGAUUUAAGAAUGGCUACUGAUAGUAAAGAUUAUGAUUCAAACAUAUCGGAUACCGAUGUGAAUGAACCUAGAACAGGUUCAAAUAUCGAGGCCGUAGAUACCAAUACAAAAGAGCAAGAUACCAAUAUAGAAGAAAAAGAUACAGAUGUGCAGUUGAAAGAAGAAAGCUUUUCAGAGCUAUCAAAUAAAAAUAGCAAGCAAUCAUCUGCUUUAGAUGAUAUUAUUAUAUUGGAUAGUGAUUAUGCUUCUUCUGAUAUAGACCAAGAUUUAUCUGAAAAGGAAGAAAUACAAGAUGGUGAUGAGAGUAUAAUUGGGGGAAAUGCUUUGGAGGAAAUAAAUAUGGACGAUGAUGAAGUUGAGAUAAAAGAUAUGGAAAUAGAAACUCGUAGCUUUGAUGAUAAUAGAGAGAGUAAAGAUAUCCAACAGGAUCAGAACAGCCAAGUGAGUAAAGAUGAUAUAGACAUGCAAGAUGAUAUGGAGGUUGAUAAUGAUGAUAUUCACGAAGAGAUAGAAGAGGAUUCAGAUGAAGAUAUGGAUGACAUUCAAGAAGAAGUUCAGGAAAAGAAUCAAGACGAUAAACAAGAUAAACCUAAUACCAAGGCAAACGUUGAAAAACAGGUUAAUUCGAAUGAACGUGAUAAAGAAAAAACAUCGUCUGAUCAACUCACAUUUACCAAAUUGAAUAAAAAACCAAGAGCUUGUUUGACAUGUCGUAAAAGUAAAAUAGGCUGUGAUAGAACAAAACCGGAUUGUAAUAAUUGUACAAAGAAAAAUAAAACUUGCAUAUAUCCAGAUGUGCCAUCAACUGCUAAUUCAAGUAAUAAACCAAAGGACUUAGAAAAACUACACCCAAAUGCUGAUUUACAAAAUGCAGUUAAAAAUACAGAACAAGCUGAUAAUCAUAUGAAUAAGCGUGAUGCCAAUACAGUGGAAAAUCCAAAAGAAUCCGUAUCAUCGAUUUAUGAGAAGACCACUGAAAUUUAUUCGAAAUCUAGCCCAGCUGAAAUUUAUUCUAAUACUACUCAAACAACCACUCCGAUUAAGAAAACAACUAAAUUAUCGAUUAAAAAAGUAUCAAUACCACAAACAAAUUCUACCACUGAAACUUCCACAAUUUCUAAUGCUCAGCCCAUUACAAAUCCUCAGCUUUCAGCUAUGGAACAAACAGCAUCUAUUCAGCCUAAUUCUCUUAAAUUACCAAAUGCUAUAGAUAUUCAGAUACCAAAAAAUCUAUCCGACAAUAAUAUUUCAAAAAGGCCUAGGGAUGAUUCUCAAUCAGAUCAUUCUCUAAAGGAAAAUUCUUCAUUAAACAAUUCCACUAAAAAAAGGAAAAUAGAUAAAUCCACUAGCUUAAUAGAAGAAAAACUCUCUACAAAGAGUCCAACAAAGCCAAAUGAAAAUUCCAUUGUAAUGGAAAAUUUUGAUAUGGACGUAUCAGAUUCAUCAAUGAGUUCUAAUUCAUUUAUUUAUGGAAAUGAUGUGAAUGUGACUACACUUGAGGAAAAUAAGAUAGGAUCAGAUCCAAAAAUGAUCUUAACUCCCAAAUUAUGUUCACCAUUAGCAAAAAAUUCAAAUUUGAAGAAAUUAUCACCUUUUAAGAAAAGAUUGGCUCCUGAUUUAGCUAAUUUGAAUGUUUCACCUGAAUUUGCUAAUCAACUUGUUACUGCUAUUGAAGAAAACAAUGACUAUCUUUCCAAUCAAAUCCAGCCAAAUACUAUUAAUGCAAUUAACCCGAAGACUCAAACAAUUAUCAUUAGUAAUGGAUUAUCAGAAGAAUCAUCAGAAGACGAUCAACUAUCUAAGCCAGAAAAUGAGCAGGUUACUACCUUAUCUUCAAAUGUUAAAGAAGACGAGAUGAUUAACUCUAAGAAUUUACAAACUUUGGAUAGAAUAUAUGAAGAUUAUAUUGAUGAUGAAUCAAACAGUACCCAAUUUACUAAAGAGCCUACUGAAGCCAGUAAGAUAGAUGAUUUUAACGUACAUAAUGAUAAGCUUACUGAAUCUGACAUUAAAAAUAAAAAACAGUCAGACACACGGAAAUUAAUAUUGUUUUUAAAACUGGUUGCUUUAAUUUUAUUAUUAUUACCGAUGAUCUUAUGUUUUUGUAUUUACCGUGAUCAAAAAAUGUAUGUUGGCUAUUGUGAUAAUCAACUACCUAUUAAAUCAGUCUCUGAAUAUUUACCAGAUAAUGUCAAUACUUUACCAGUUGUAUCCAAAAUUGAUAACUGGUUAGAAGAUCAUAAGCCAGAAUGUAUUCCAUGUCCAAACAAUGCAAUUUGUUAUCCAAUGAUGCAAAUGAAAUGCAAACCAGACCAUAUAAUUAGAAAAAACAUUUUUAAUCUCUUUGGAUCUCUACCUUUGCCUGAUUCCUGCGUGAGAGAUAACAAAAGAGAAAAAAUCGUAAACGAAAUUGUUAAAAAAUCAUUAGAAUUUCUAAGAGCUAAAAAUUCAGCUGUCUCUUGUGGAGAAGGUACUGAUGAUUUGAAAAGCGGUGUUAGUUCCCAAGAUUUAUAUAACAUAUUCAAUGAAGCACGCCCAGCGUGGAUAGAUGAUUCCAAUUUUGAAGAAAUUUGGUCUCAAGUUGUUAAACACUUGAAAGAUCAAAAGGACAUAUUAUGGAGGCAACUAUCCGCCAAUGAGAUAUCCCAAAAAUCAUACAAGAACAAGCAUCAAGCCAAUGGGUUUCAAAAACAAAAAGGAUGUAUUUCACAAGAACCAGGGUCACCAGAAAACACGGUUAUUCGCUCAAUAUCCAAGAAAUAUAUCGGCAUUAAAUGUAGAUUUGAAAGAGAAGUAUUUCAAAAAUACAUCAAAUAUCGACUUGUAAUUUGGACGAGUAGCAUUCUGGUAAUAAUUGGAAAGAUUCUUCAUCUAAAAGUUAAAUGGACAAUUCAAGAGCAAAAUAGGAUCAACGAUAUUGCAACGGAUAUAAUUGCUAGUUUAAAGAAGAAGAAAAUGGAACAAUUGCAUCCGAAUACUCCACCCUAUUUAAGUUCGGUACAGUUAAGAGAUGUUUAUUUAAGCGAUGUGAACAAUAUUCAGAAAAAGAAUAUCUUAUGGAAAAGAAUAUCAGACAAAGUGGAAUAUGGGAAUACUAAUAUAAAUAGUAGUUUGAAUGAAGUUCAUGGUGAAAUAAUGAAAUGUUGGGAAUGGGUAGGUCCUAGUAAUGAUAAUAGCAUUCCAAAUAAUGAUAAUGAGAGUAAUGAUUGUGGUAAUAACACAUAA